GAAAGCAGAGGGAAAUGCAGAAGGUCCUGGCUUGCCUCUGAUCCACAAUCCUUCCUUUCCCAAACCUGCUCCUCCCACCUCCUCUCCUCACAGACAAGGCAACGGGAAAAAAUAUUUUUAGAAAAGUAGCCAUUGGUGGUGCUGAAAGGGGCAGGGUAGUAUUGAAGGGAAGGUGGGCGUGAUGGAGGAGAGGCCAAGUACGAAGCUCGGGUCAUCGAAAGUCUGAUUCCGGCCAGCAGUUUCAUCGAAGUCCAUUUCUCGGUCGGGACUCCUCUCCUCGCCUGGCCUCUCAGUGGAGCCUCCCUCCGAGUGAGAUUGGUGACUCAUCUCUGGCCCCGCUGUGCCUGACUCUGCCGUGCUCAUGGCAGAACCUUUGAAAAUCAAUACACUGAUCAGAUUGGUGCUUCAUUGAAUGUGGAAGGUUUCCCUCCCCGGGUCUCUGAAGACCCAGGGCCCCUCCACCAUGGCCAGCCGGGGUGGGGGCCGGGGUCGUGGCCGGGGCCAGUUGACAUUCAACAUGGAGGCCGUGGGCAUUGGGAAAGGAGAUACUUUGCCCCCGCCUACCCUGCAGCCUGCUCCACUCUUCCCUCCCUUAGAGUUCCGCCCGGUGCCUCUGCCCUCGGGAGAGGAAGGGGAGUACGUCUUGGCACUGAAGCAGGAGCUGCGAGGAGCCAUGAGACAACUCCCCUACUUCAUCCGGCCGGCUGUCCCCAAGCGAGAUGUGGAGCGCUACUCAGACAAGUACCAGAUGUCAGGGCCCAUUGACAACGCCAUCGACUGGAACCCUGACUGGCGUCGCCUACCUCGGGAGCUAAAGAUCCGGGUGCGGAAGCUGCAGAAGGAACGGACUCCUGUUUUACUUCCUAAGAGGUCCCCUGAGGCUCCAGAAGAUAAGGCGGCAACCAUACAGAAACUGGAGACCCUGGAGAAAAAGGAGGAGGAAGUGACUUCAGAGGAAGAUGAGGAGAAAGAAGAAGAAGAGGAGAAGGAAGAGGAGGAAGAAGAGGAAUAUGACGAGGAGGAACACGAGGAGGAAACAGACUACAUCAUGUCGUAUUUUGACAACGGAGAAGACUUUGGGGGUGACAGUGAUGACAACAUGGAUGAGGCUAUAUACUGAAGACGGACGCAACCACUCCAGAGCUUACUCUCUGGAUCAGAGGUGCAGAGAAUGACCCUGGCCAGCGGGUUUGUGGAUAAGCAAGGCCACGUCCUCUGGCUCUUCUCGAGAGUCCAGAUAACCAGCUUGGCCCUGGUUAGGCAGGAGGGGAGGUGACAGCUAGCUCUCUUCUCCCUCCCCCCCUCCACCUGUGUACCACCUCUCUGCCUUGUGCAAAAGGCAAAGGACCAAAACCCUCAUUGUCCCUAACAAAGGCAGGACGGACACUCAGAAGAAAGCCCUGGGGUGGUUCCCUGUCUGGACAUGUCUUCCCAUUUGUAGAGCUAAUUGGGGUGGGAGUAGGGCAGUUGUAUAUAUUUGAAUAAAAUGUUUGUAUCUGUC